AGGGCUGCGAAAAGUAGUCCCUUCUCGGCGUUUCUGCGGAAGGAUCUAUCGGAGCGGCGCUACCUGUAACUAUAUAAGGCAGCGCCGGCGGGAGCGGUGCGCAAGGAGCUUCGUGAAGUUUGGGCGUCUAGUUGCCGUUUUUCUGCGUUCGCUGCCGACACUACCAUUUGACAAUGCAGAUCUUCGUGAAGACCUUGACUGGUAAGACCAUCACCCUGGAGGUGGAGCCCAGUGACACCAUCGAGAACGUCAAGGGGAAGAUCCAAGAAAAAGAGGGCAUCCCCCCAGACCAGCAGAGGCUGAUCUUUGCCGGGAAACAGCUGGAAGAUGGGCGCACCCUGUCUGACUACAACAUCCAGAAAGAGUCCACUCUGCACCUGGUCCUUCGCCUCAGAGGUGGGAUGCAGAUCUUCGUGAAGACCCUGACCGGCAAGACCAUCACCCUGGAGGUGGAGCCCAGUGACACCAUCGAGAACGUGAAGGCCAAGAUCCAGGAUAAGGAAGGCAUCCCCCCAGACCAGCAGAGGCUGAUCUUUGCAGGCAAACAGCUGGAAGAUGGCCGCACUCUCUCUGAUUACAACAUCCAGAAAGAGUCAACUCUGCACCUGGUCCUCCGUCUGAGGGGUGGUAUGCAGAUCUUCGUGAAGACCCUGACCGGCAAGACCAUCACCCUGGAGGUGGAGCCCAGUGACACCAUCGAGAACGUGAAGGCCAAGAUCCAGGAUAAGGAAGGCAUCCCCCCAGACCAGCAGAGGCUGAUCUUUGCAGGCAAACAGCUGGAAGAUGGCCGCACUCUCUCUGAUUACAACAUCCAGAAAGAGUCGACCCUGCACCUGGUCCUCCGUCUGAGGGGUGGUAUGCAAAUCUUCGUGAAGACCCUGACCGGCAAGACCAUCACCUUGGAGGUGGAGCCCAGUGACACCAUCGAGAACGUGAAGGCCAAGAUCCAGGAUAAGGAAGGCAUCCCCCCAGACCAGCAGAGGCUGAUCUUUGCAGGCAAACAGUUGGAAGAUGGGCGCACUCUCUCUGAUUACAACAUCCAGAAAGAGUCGACCCUGCACCUGGUCCUCCGUCUGAGGGGUGGUAUGCAGAUCUUCGUGAAGACCCUGACCGGCAAGACCAUCACCCUGGAGGUGGAGCCCAGUGACACCAUCGAGAACGUGAAGGCCAAGAUCCAGGAUAAGGAAGGCAUCCCCCCAGACCAGCAGAGGCUGAUCUUUGCAGGCAAACAGUUGGAAGAUGGGCGCACUCUCUCUGAUUACAACAUCCAGAAAGAGUCGACCCUGCACCUGGUCCUCCGUCUGAGGGGUGGUAUGCAGAUCUUCGUGAAGACCUUGACUGGCAAGACCAUCACCCUGGAGGUGGAGCCCAGUGACACCAUCGAGAACGUCAAGGCGAAGAUCCAGGACAAGGAGGGCAUCCCCCCAGACCAGCAGAGGCUGAUCUUUGCCGGGAAACAGCUGGAAGAUGGGCGCACCCUGUCUGACUACAACAUCCAGAAAGAAUCCACUCUGCACCUGGUCCUGCGCUUGAGGGGAGGUGUCUAAGUUCUCCCUUUUAAGCUUUCGACAAGUUUCAUUGCACUUUUCUUUCAAUAAAAUUGUUGGCAUUCUCAAA